AUGUUCGACAGUGGUGUCCUCCAGGGUUCAGUACUGGAACCCAUUUUGUUCCUUAUCUACGUGGACGAUGCCGCAAGAGAUUUAGACUGUGAAGUAGCAAUGCUUGCGGAUGACAUGAAGAUAUGGGAUGUAAUUCGGGGUUCUGCCGAUGAAGACAGACUGCAGAUGAACCUGAAUCGGUUGGAGGAGUGGUCAAACCGUUGGCUCCUGCGGUUCAACGUUGCCAAAUGUAGCAUACUUCGCCUAGGCAACACAGCCAGAUCCGCCAGCACAAGAGGCUACUUUCUUGGCGGUGCAGCCCUACCAAAGGUCGAAGCCCAAAGGGACCUCGGUGUGCUGACGACGAGUUCCCUAAAACCAUCCGCCCACUGUUCGAGGGUGGCAAAAAGCGCAAUGACCGUACUGUACGCCAUCAAGCGUGCGUUUAUGGACUUUGACGAAGAAGCAUUCUCUAAGACAUUCGGAACAUUUGUCCGGCCGCAUUUAGAGUACGGCAUACAAGCUUGGAGGCCGUGGGCUGUUGAGGAUCAAAAAGAGUCCAGAGGAGAGCCACGAAGAUGGUUAGGGGUCAAAGCUCCUUUCCUUAUGCAACCCGCCUAGUAAAUCUGAAACUCUUUCCUUUGAGUUACAGGCAACUUCGCGGGGAUCUCUUGCAAGCCUUCCGCAUUAUAAAGGGGUUGGAUUGCAGUCUGGUCUUCGAGGACUUUUCGUGAAUUUGCUAUCACGAUCAACCUUUGAGGUCAACCGUUAAAACUGCGCACUCAGCAGGCAGGGCUGGAUGUGCGGAAGUUCUCCUUCUCGGUUCGGAUUGUCAGACCACGGAACGAGCUGCCCGCAGAUGUUGUGAUGUCACCAUUUAAGCCCAGAACAUUUAUCUCUACACCACACAUUUUUUACGUUGCAAAUAGCGUACUCAGGGGCUUACGCCUAUUUCGCUCAAUAAAUUGAACUGAACUGAACUGAACUGAACCUCCAGUACUCCAGCCACAGCACACCCUGACUCUUCAACUGUACCCUCUGUAUAUAUUACCCGUAGAGGACGCCGCGUUCCUUUUCCUGAUCGUUUGAUUACUCCUGUUUUCUGAGCGUUAACGAAUUCAUUUUGGGGGUCCUGUGCCUGAACUGACCCUUGACAUCCAUCGUUUUGUCAAGCUGUCCAUCUGUAAACCCAGGUACCCUGUCGAUUCGCUGCUGGGGCCGUGCGGAUUUUGUCUUUAUCUUCAAGAGAGCUCGAAGUUAAUCGACGCUGCCCUUUCUCUGAUCGACUGGCGGGCGUUAAUUGGACAAGGUAAAAGACACACACACGCACUGAGGGUCAGUUACCUUAAAGACUGACACAGACUUCUUGUCUGUGGAGACAGCUUGUGGCGAAUGAUUACAGAACUUCUUGUACGGUCUUACUCGUCACAAGAGGUUGUCCGCGCCAAUCCGUCUUCCCCGACUUCUGAUUUGGGAAUCUCUGUGUUGCUGACCAUACCACACCUCGACACCACCGCCACCCUCCAGCUACAGUGAUGUUGGAGUGUUGCGUUGCCGAAAGAAGCGUCCGGGUCUAAAUAAAUGAAUAGUCAAACGGUGAGGAACAACCUGCGCAGAACAAAUUCCCCCUUACUGACAACAGUCGAGAUUGGACUAGUCUGUUUGGGUAUUUGGGGAUUGAGAACUCGCCCUGGAUAUUGGCAGUGUGUGAUUGACUUUACUCAGGUGGUAGUCACACACUCCUUUCAACUACCCAAAAUAUAAAAUUAACCAUUCGCAGUCGAGGAGGCUGACCAUCUGUCCGAGUACAGAUGAUUAAAGAUUUUUGCACCGUGUUCAACGCCUCACUUCUGGACGACCCAUUUUCCAUAUGAAUGCAUCCCGUGUAGAAUUAUUCCCGUUGGCUUCAUCGUACUUCUUGGCAGUCGGAUCGACUAUCGGGGCCAGAUAUUUGCGAGCAUCACAGCGUCAUGGAGGUACAGAACAGAUGCGACAAACGCGAAAUGGCUAGUCCGUGCAGUCACGCCUUUUGUGCCAUUGUCAGUUCAUCUAGACGGAUAUUACUUCUUAAACUGUCGAUACACUCGACGUCCACUCCAAUACUGAGCAAUCGUCGCAAGUGAACUAAAAUCCUAGGCAGCGGACCAGUUCAAAAUUAUCUUUGCAUGAUAUGCGGGAAGAUCCAGGUUCCGAAUGACUUACAGUGAGAAACUUGGUGUGUGAAUGGAAAUCAAAACUUCGUAUUUUGUGGACUGAGAUAUUUAUAGUAGAUCUGCAGAAAAUAUAUUCACAUCGAAUAAGUAAUAUGAAAGUUUUGCCCCACACAUUUUCCUGAUUAUUUAAACUGUAUCUGGUCAAUCCACUAGGGUUAAAAAACAUAAGCGACUUCAAGUAACUACGCCGGUGUUUAUGCCUUUUUUACACAUAGCCUUGCUUCUAACCGGAUUUCUUGGCCUGUGUUUCGGGUUUGAGAAAUUUUGUGGCUCAGUGCUACACCCCAAGUUUUUGAAUUUCAGUUCAGUGUAUAACAGAAGAGCAUACCUAAUUACCUGAACUCUCUAUUCGCUACAUUCAAAUCCAAAGAUUUGGCAAAAAAUGCAAGGAAAUUACAGUAUGAGGUGGAAAGAAACGUAGUUUCACUGAAAUUCGUGUGUCCAUGGAAAGAUAGGAAGAAACAGCAGCUUGCUGAGACGUAAUGAUCUCCUGCAGCAGGAUAUUCCGUACUCCCAUAAUACAGUCGGGAAGAAAUAACUUCUCACAUCCGAUGUUGCUUAGUGCAAACGUAGUUUGCAUGGACACAUGCGAGGUUUGAUAAUUAGGUGACUUUGAGAACCUUUAAUUCUCCCUACACAACCAGUCCUUUAUCUUUCCUCUCUAAAACUCGCGGGCUUUAACUUAUUCCUUUAGUUUCCUUACUUGAUUUUCCACAUUUCCUAAGCUGUUUACCCCACAUAAUUAUCACAAAUUUCUCAUUUCUUAGAGAUAUGUCGAGCAUUUCUGCUAGCGUUUCGGCUGCACAUUUCUUUUUUCAGCACAAGUAAGGUAGAGUGUCAACUCAAUAAUCAUGCAUAUUUUAUUUUAAAGAUGUGAAAAAAAUAAUGAGAUGGUUGAAAUGGUAAAGUUGUUUUUAUAUUGUGCACGAGAAAUUGUUAGAAUACGCUAAUUUCUGCGCAGAAUGUCAUGAUUCAAUUUAAUCAUCAAAUUUAAAUUUCGAAUCGCGGCUGGAUGUGUUGUCGCUGAUGGUGCUGGAACCAAAUACGAAACUAGUAAACUACGUUUAUUGUACUUCGGGUACGCCGAUUUAAAAUUCUGCUUUGAAUGCAAGUUGUCCUCGCGUUUUUUGAACACCUAAACUCUCCCACCCAUUUGUGAUAGACAGCACAUGAGCUAGUUCAUGGAUUCAAACUCGAAUCCAGGCUUUGCGUGCAAAUAAAUAGCCCUCAUGUUGCUUUCUGUUUUAUCACGGAAGAACAUAUUCUAACAGCAGUAGUCAAUAUCAUGCUCACUUCUACAGUUCAGUCACCUUCAUAAGCAUAUAUGUCACUUUCAAGAGCCUCGUCAGAUAUUUGCGCUUAGUAGGUAUGAUUUCACAGAUUCCUUUGUUGUUUUAUUGCCUUCUGUGAAAACCUUUCGAAAAAAUGACAUAAUCGGCAGGUGCCACCGCAGCGUUCUUAAAAACUACUUGUGUUUUUGUUUACAAGGCCUACAUGCCUUAGGCAUGUACAAUUGUAUGCUAAUUGUAUACUAAUAGUAUACUAUUAGAUAUAUCUUUCUCCAUCGUGUUUGCUUGCUCCGUAAGUGAAAUCAGCUUUAAAAACGACGCUUAAGAUGGCUGAUAAGGAAUGGAUUUUAGAUUAAAACGUCCCUUACGAUGGGCACCGCCCUUUAACGGUUAUUACAUGCCCCCCCCUAACCUCCUUCACGUUGACCCUGAAUCGCUCUUUGUCAGAGGCAGCUGUUGCGAAAAAGCGCAUCUUUUUGUUUUGAUUUCCGACUGAUGUUCUCAGGCCGUCUUAGUUUUUAAAGUUAGCUUCCAAUGUCUGAUUUGCUGCUCUUCAUAAAUGCAAAAACGUCGGAUUUUGCAGAACUCAAGGCUUUUAGCUUUGAACUGCAUUUGACUUCAAGCAAGCAGUAACAUUGAUGUCAAUCAUCUCUUGUGUCUUUAUCUGCGUAGGUUACGCACUAAGUGACUUGCCCGCUAUAUAUGAACCCAUUUUCGCCCCACCGCAUUAUCCGAAAUUAUGUCGUUAUCCCUUAUCUAUGACUUGUGGAACGCCUCUGAUUGCCCAUUUGGCUCCACAUAACAAUCUCGAGAUGUCUUCUCCCCAUACCAUAUCUACUUUUCCCACUGAAAAUAACCAGUUUUCAAGGGCCUUUUUUUCUGUUACAGGCCUUUUAGUGGCACCUUGACAUGGCAGACAUUUCAUGGCUCACAGCACCUCGGGAUACGUACGAAAAGCAAUUUUGUAAGUUACUAUCUUUUCAUACUUAAUGCAUAGACCCCUCCGCCACACCCACUUUGCCCCUGGACGCUUAUGAGAAUUUGAUUAGAGCGAAGAUAAGCGAAUCAUCGGGCUCCAUCGUAAGUAUUUUCUUGUUUCUCUAGUUUUGUUACUUUUCCUCGUGUACAUCCCACUUGUCACAGAUGACACUGCCAUACAUUCCGGACGAUCAUCCGGUCUGUGGCCGUGGUAUGAUCCAAGACAUGUUCGAUUCGGAGCUCUGCAUUUCAUCGUAUCGACCCUCAGCUGAGGCGACUUCUGUCAAAUCCACUCGCUAUCGCGACGUGGAAUAUCUGCAGGUUGGUGUCGACAAAAGUCAUUUUGCGUGCAUUGUGCAACCUACCCGUUGUGGCUAAAGAUGCCGAAUUUUUGGUAGCAGCGAAACGAAGCAGAAGUGUAUUGUGCGGAAAGGUUCUCUUGAAAGUGGGGAUGGGUAGCAAAAGGAGAAGGCCCUGCACACAUUUCAGUUUUCUGUCAUUGCUUGUCAACCACAUUCUGGAAAUAGUAUCUGGUUGAAGAUGCUACAGGUUUCUAGGUGGCCAAUCAAAAUUGGAGUCAAGCCCAACCAAGAAUCCGUGAUCUGUAAAAAAAGCCAACAUAGUUUUUCUCGUGACAGAAGUACUGACCCUGAGCAUCUGCCCUCUUUCCAGGAAGCGAUCAGAGCAGCGCAGCAGGUUUCAGGGAGACAGCCUUUGGGCGCCGACACAGAGGUGCCACUGGUGCACGGGAGGAGGAUGAAGACGUAAGACAGUCGUUAUUUUAAACGAAGGGCAAACUACAAUUGUGCCUUUGUGUGACGUCUUUGGCACAUCGCGCUCCUGCAAAAUCUGCGCUCUUAAGUGACCUGUAAGGCGUCAAAUGCACGUUACGUUAACCAAGGCGCCCGAUCUAGUUCUCAGUCGAUUUGAUUCGAAUAGGUCACUGGCACAAGUGAAAGGAAGAAGAGGGUGAAGCUAAUCAAGUUCACUUCAGACACUUACUGUUAUCGUGUUUAACUGCCACGACGCGCUAAAAAUCUUGGCUGGCAAUGUCUUUAACUGACGAGCUAACUCGUCCGCCUGUGAAUGAGAGACUGACUUCAAUGGCCCCAUUUGAAUGUUCCCCGUAUGAUAUCUCUCAACUUUUCGACCUCUGACUGUCACUUGUUGGAGUCUCAUACGUAGACAUGGAUCGUAUCCUGUACUGCACGCGCAGAUAGGCUGUUAGAACCCGUCAGCCAGUAUCCCCUGUCCUAUCUCCGAUCACCUUGAUCUCCUGUGCCAUCGCAACAGGGUAAAUGUAGACAGAAUAAAGUGAGAUACAUGUAUUGCAAACCCGCUUCAGUAUAAAUGACCUCACACGCAGGCCAACAUUGCUCCCAUUUUGUUGGUCGGCCAUUGACUUUGUCGCUUGCUGAUGCCGAACUGCGGUGUGGACCAUGCUUUGAUCAUGAAAAAGGAGACAUGAUCGCUGGGACAAGAACCUUAUUAGCCUGACGUUUCGGAUUCCUACUCGAACCCAUCAUCACAGACAGCAGCAGAUACGGGUGAUUCAUGCACACGGGGCCGCAGUCGCCAUGCUACUGCAUACCUGUGAACAUUCACGGCUCCCCCUUCAUCCGGGAUCGUCGCAGUUGGUGUGCUAAUUGCUUGAUGGUCGACGUUGGCGUCGUUAAAUGCUGCAAUUUGAUCACCUGCGUUGGAUGUUGGCGUGAUGAUUGCUCGACCAUCUGACGCACCGCCCAUGGUGUUGGGAAGUGUUCACCUGUGCGGUUCCCGCGUGGCCAACUGCUGCGCGUAGACGAAGUCUCAGCAUCGAGUAUGCAAGGGUAAGUUCAUUGCACUUGUUAAUGGGCUGGGGGCCAGUAAACUAUGAUUCAAGUAGCUCCUGACUCACGUGGUUGUCAGCUCUCGCGAGAAUUUCAGCCUCGUCGAGUUUGAGUGCGUGGCCGGAUCUUGUCAAAUGAGCCGCAACUUGGGAGCUGGCGCCGUUUCUCCGCACCGCUGCAGCGUGUUCUGAAAUUCUCUUUCAGAGCUGUCUUCCGGGUUCUCCGACGAAGUUGCUUUGUCCGCAACCGCACCAGAUCCGAUAAACGACUCCAGACGUUUCUAGUCAUGGCAGCGUGCCUUUCGGUUUCAUUACCAGACGUCUGAUGGUUGCCUCCGCUCUGUGUGCAACUCCAACCCCAAGUGGUGCUAGAAGGCAGCCGACAGCAUCCGAAACGUUCUUGACAUACGGAAGCGCCCGCUAAGAUUUGAGGUCCGUGCGGAUAGGCUUUUCGUCCCAUUUGCGUAUGCACCGGUUGAUGACGAUGCGCGGGUAGCCACUGGCUUUGACUGCCCGUCGGAGUUAUUGUAGUUCGGUAAUCUUUCUCUUCCGGGUCACUGCAGUGCGUUUGGACACGCCCAUAGAGCGUCCUUACACAACUGCGUUUGUGGCUGAUUGGGUGAUUGCUGUUGAAGUUCAGUACUUACAUCGUAUUUGUCGCUUUCCUGAACACUUUGGUUCUUAGUCUACUACAACCUUUGCGGCAUACAAGGACAUCCAGGAAGGCCAGCUGGUUGUUCUCUUCCUCCUUCAUCGUAAAUUGAAUGUCCGGGAAAACGAUGGUGAGAUGUUCUUGGAAUGUCAGCACCUGAUCCCGUUCGAUGACGACGAAGGUAUCAUCCACAUACGGGGCCCAGAACUUCGGUCUUAUGGUGAUGGAAGACCAGCGACUCUAACCGUUGUAGGACCGUCUCGUUGA